GCAUCCCGUUUUCAAAGAUGCCUGCUCGAUCGGCAGCAAAACUACAUCCUAUAAAUGACAUCUCCAUCCCGCUCGGGAAGAAAACCAAAAGCAGGGUCAGCAAACCAAACCACAGGUUCCACCUCCAAAUAGAGCUUCAGAUUUUUCAAGUGUUUGAUUUUGCGAAGAUGGAUGAUGCCAAGUCCUCGUGGCCGGAGCUGCUAGGGGCGCCGUCUAACGUGGCAAAGCAGAAGAUCCUUAGUGACCGGCCGGACGUGCGUGUGUUCGUGGUGCCUGUCGGCAACAGCGUCACCACCGAGAUCGAUAACAAGCGCGUUCGAAUCUUCAUCGAUUCCUCUGGAGAUGUCGCUGAGGUUCCCGCCAUUGGCUAGGCCAGCAAGCUCGAUCCAUCAUGUCGUGCGAGUAUGCUCACAUAAUUCAUGCUUGUUGUGUGUGUGUGCGCGCGCGUGUGUGUUAGCAAACUAUACUAUGCGUCUUCGUAUAAUCAGUACAUGAAUAACAUGGUCCGUUUCAUUGAAAUAAAGUUCAUUAGUUGUGAACAGACAAGGUUCAUUUGUGUUGCA